GACCUGCAGACACAAUUACUGUGAAUGUUACAGUGUACAUCAUGCUGGCUAAGGACUUAUAGUGCCUAUAAUUGGUCACCGACACCGCGGUUAAUUAAUUAAAUCGUUUUUUUCCCUGCCUGUUUAUUUUUACCGCUGCUGUGCGGUGGAAUAAUCGGGAGCUUUGAGGACGCUCCGUGUUUUCAAAGCCAGAAAUAGUCGCUGUCAAGAGGACUACUGUUUUGUUGAUGUCAUCCGCGGAAGAGCUAUAGCGACCUUCAAUUUCUAAGCAAGACCGGAAUAAACAAAGACUCGUCUCGUGGUUAUUUUCUCGUUUUGUCGUGUUCGUCAGUGACACCACCAGCGAGGAUGGGACUUUUUCUACGCGGUAUCCUGCUCGUAUCCGUUUGCAGCUCUCUCGCAGCCGGUGCAGAUUUUCAGCAGAGACCCGGAGCCUUCGGACUGUCGGUUUUUGAGAGGCGUUCAAACACCGGAGAGAAAGCUGCGAACAUCGUGAAGAGGUCUCUGCCCGGAUGGCUGGCUGCGUCCCGAAAUCACAAGAUAAAGCGCAGGAGCGCGGAGCAGGACGACCCGUGCAAAGCUCUUCAUGAAUACGGCACCAAGUUGGCAGACAACACCCACCGUUAUACCUUCAAUGACCUGAGUGGGUCGGUGUCUCUUGCCUGGGUUGGAGAUGGAACUGGGGUCAUCCUGGCUUUGACGACUUUUCAGGUGCCUUUCUUCAUGAUAAGACUCGGGCAGUCCAAACUCUAUCGCAGUGAGGACUACGGGAAGUCGUUUGAGGACGUGACCAACCUCAUCAACAACACCUUCAUCAGAUCAGAGUUUGGCCUUUCAAUCGGCCCCGAGAACUCAGGGAAAGUGAUCCUGACGGGUGAAAUAUCUGACGCGCUCGAGUCUCGGAUUUUUGUCUCUGAUGACUUUGGAAAGAGUUUCACCCACCGGGACUUGCCUUUCAAUCCGAUGAUGCAGAUCACAUACAACCCUGCAGAUUCCAAAGUGCUGCUUGUCCUCAGCACAAGCAAUGAUUUGUGGCUGUCUGAGGAUUUUGGCAGCAACUGGAAAAAGAUCCACAGCAUGGUGUGUCUGGUGAAGUGGGGAUCGAAAAAUACCAUAUUUUUUACGGCCAACCCCAACGGAUCCUGCAGUGACAGGGGAAUGUUGGAACUCAAGAGGACGUCGGACUACGGACGAGUGAUCAAGACCGUCGCCAGUAAGAUCUACUCUUUUGGCCUCGGUGGACGCUUCCUCUUUGCCUCAGUGAUGACAGGCAAGGGCACUCUGAGGAUGAUCCAUGUGUCCGUGGAUCAGGGUGACACUUGGAACAUGGCCCAGCUGCCUCCUGUUGGCCACGAGCAGUUCUACUCCAUCCUGGCAGCGAAUGAUGAAAUGGUCUUCAUGCACGUUGAUGAGCCAGGAGAUACUGGAUUUGGUACAAUUUAUGCAUCAGAUGACCGAGGCACUGUCUACUCCAAGUCACUGGAGCGCCACCUGUACACCACCACGGGGGGUGAUACAGAUUUCACUAAUGUCACCUCCCUGCGAGGGGUUUUCAUCACCAGCGUCCUGGCUGAAGAUAACUCGGUGCAGUCCGUGGUGUCCUUCGAUCAAGGAGGGGAAUGGGUUCCUCUGCGGAAACCCGCCAACACCAAGUGUGAUGCCACAGCCAAGGACCCAGAAAAGUGCAGUCUUCACAUCCACGCAGCCUACAGUAUUGCUCAGAAGCUGAAUGUCCCCGUGCAGCCUCUGUCUGAACCCAACGCUGUGGGUCUCAUCUUGGCUCAUGGAAGUGUUGGUGAUGCCAUCUCAGUGAUGAGGCCCGAUGUGUAUGUGUCUGAUGAUGGAGGUUACACCUGGCUGAAGGCCCUCGAUGGGCCGCAUCACUACGCUAUUCUGGACUCAGGAGGGCUUCUGGUGGCCGUAGAGCACACCCCCAACCAACCUAUUACAAGGGUCAAAUUUUCCACUGAUGAAGGACAGUGCUGGGGUGAGUACGUCUUCACCCAAGAGCCCAUCUUCUUCACUGGGCUGGCCUCAGAGCCGGGAGCUCGCUCCAUGAACGUCAGCAUCUGGGGCUACAGAGACUCCCUCAUCAGCCAGAACUGGAUCUCCAUCACCAUUGACUUCAGGGAUCUUCUCACCAGAGACUGUGUGGACUCGGACUAUGUGUCGUGGCUGGCCCAUUCUGAUGACAUCAGUGACCCCAAUGACGGCUGCAUGCUGGGAUACAAGGAGAAGUUCCUGCGUCUCAGAAAGGACUCUGUUUGCUAUAAUGGACGUGAUUACCAGGUCACCAAACAGCCAACCCCGUGUCCAUGCACCCUGGAUGACUUCCUCUGUGACUUUGGAUACUACCGUAAAGAGAACAGCUCAGAGUGUGUGGAGCAGCCGGACCUGAAAGGCAAAGUGUUGGAGUUCUGUCUGCACGGCAAAGAGGAGCAGCUGCAGACUAGUGGCUAUAGGAAAAUCCCUGGAGAUAAAUGCGAGGGAGGAAAGGAGCCUCAGCGUAAAGAGAUCGACCUCAGUAAGAGAUGUGUGAGUGACCUGGUGGCGCCAGAUCUCCUGAUCGAGAGCCACACCUCCAGGACUGUACCCAUCGUGAUAACGGUCAUCAUUAUCAUGAUUGUGAGCGUUGCAGCUGGAGUCGUCUUCAUCAAGAAAUAUGUCUGCGGCGGCAGGUUCUUGGUUCACAGGUACUCUGUGCUGCAGCAGCAUGUUGAGGACACUGCAGCUGAGGGGGUGGACGACCCGCUGGAGACCAACCACUCUCCAAACGGCAAAAUAGAGUUUCAUGAUGACUCAGAUGAGGAUCUUCUCGAAUAGCAAGAACUGCUUGUCACACAACUGAGCAAUAGGCUUUGUGUCCACCCCGGGGGCCAGCCGCUGUUCCUAUUACUCUUUUGUCUCCAGUUACUUCUUCCUUUUCACCUUCUAGUAUAAACUUUAGCCUCAGCUACGGACGAGGAGUCUGUUCCUGCUGUCAUCAGUGAAGUAUAAUGAAUGUACGGAGGCUUUGUGGAACUAAUGCCACAGUUGAGGAGAAACUACUGUAUGAAGGAGGUCUUGUAGUGUUGUGCUUCAGUCAUCAGUUCACACGAGUGAGUUUGAAUCUCAAGAGUUAUUUAUUUUAGGGAAUGAAGGACUGAUGUGUGGUAUUGUGAACUGCUGACAGAGCCAGAGGAGCCGGUUUCAAAGAAAAGCUCGUUGUAUAGAUCCACCACCACUGCAUUACGGGUCCUGCCUCUCCCGUCACCUGGGAGUGCUACUGGAAAUACCCUCUACUUCUCUUCAAGAUUUGCGUCCUUUUCUCAUGCACUGUACAUAAACAUGUUUUUCUUUUAUUUCAUUUUCGUUGUUGUUGAAGUGACAUCAGUUUGGUACGUGUUGAAAGGUUGCACCUGGUUGUUGGUUUAUAACUCCUCCAGACUACUUGCGUCUUAAUAAUCCCUACGUUUGAUGAAGUAUUGGUUGGUCAAAGAGUGUGACGCAGAUGGCCAUGAGUGUAUAAACUGGAGGCUUUAAGCUUCGCUGAUUUGUAAAAUAUUCCUUUUCUAGUCUGUACAUGAAAAACAAGCCUGCAGACUUUUUUUUGGUAGGCCUCGGUUUUAGGAUCAAGGGUGGAAGUAAUAAGGCACAAGUGGAACUUUCCAUUAAGUCUGAUAGCAAUAACAUGUUUAGAUUUAGUUUAUUCAGUAUAUUGUCCGCGCACGUGAAAUAAUCCUAUCGGCACAAUCUCUCUUAUUCUCUUCAGUUGGUUUGUUUGAUAAAUGGAAAUGUCAUUGCACCAAACAGAUAAUGUGUCAAUGUCCAGGGUGGAUGUGUCUCUGUUUCAAGACAGGAUUUAAAACGUUGCCUGCAGUUUAUCUAAAGCACAAGGUCCUUUGUAUGAGAGUCUGGAGUCAAUGAUUUUUCUUAAACGUGACCUGUUGUAAUAAGACUAAUAAUCACUGUAGUCCUAUUUAAGUUGUGUUUUUGUACUAAACAACCUUUGAAAUUAUUUAAUAAUUUGACAAAAUGUUCAGAAAUGUUGGAAAUGAUUAUAGUUUGAUAGUGAAUAUCUACAGAUGUUUGUUUUUUACAACACACUCAGAUAACCAAUAUAAUUAGAUGAUGGAAACAUAUUAGCAAUGUGGAAAAAAAGAGACUCUUCAUUUGUGUAAAUGUUGUAUAGCCUAACUACUGCUGUAGCCUAUUAGAAGCGUUAACUGUCUGAAUAAGCUGCAAACUUUAUUGAAUUUGAAGGUGGAGUAGAUUGUCUACAACAACAGGAUCAUCUGUUUUUUACAACGAACUGCCGUUUCCUCAGCAAAACUGUCUUAUCAUGUCAUGUCUUACUUUUUUUUUUUUGUUUGUUUUCAUACUUUGUCCGUCUUGUGUUAAAAAGUUGCUUUCAAACGGGAUUAGUCCUUUUGUGACAUGCUGGUUUCCGAGUGCACUAAAUAGGGUGUGGUUACACAAGUGCCUGCUGUGAGGACCUGACGUGUGGCCACCACCUAUUUACUGAUUAUUAUGUAUAUCAACUGAUAAGUAACCAGUUUCAUCCAAUAUGUCAGCGACACUCCUGAGUUGCACUUGUUGCCUAAGAGGAUUUCUUUAACAGUAAAUGUCUGUCUCACAUGAGCUCACACUGAACUGCAUGGUAACUCUCUAUAAUAGUUUGUAAAAAACAAAAAUGAAAAAAAAGAAAAAAAAGAAACCCAAACCAAACAACCCUUCAAUAACCUGGUUCUCUCUUUCGUGUGUCGGUAUGAGGCUUAUCUUCAUAGCUGAUGAAAUAGUCAAACACAACCUAAACACAGUUCAGAGUGUAUACAGGGUUAUUAUGUAGCUGGGAAAGACCUGGCAAGAUUUUAUUUAAAGAAUUUGUUGCAUUAUUUGAGGGUAACACAGUUUUUCUUACAGUUUUAGACUGCUGUAUAAAUUAAAAAUAAUUGUGCUGGUUCUGUAAAUAUACAAGGUUACACCUUUAUAUCUGCUAUGUUUCUCUUUUCUGUAUAUUUGAGACAAUUUUCUUUGGGUUUGCCAAUAAAUUCAUAUGUUCCUCUA